AUGGCCAACGAGAAAUUAACCGUCCUCAUCAUCGGAGGGGGAAUAGGCGGGCUCGUGGCAGCCAUCUCCUUGGCACAAGACGGUCACGAUGUAACUGUCAUUGAACACAAGUCAAGAUAUGACAUUGAUGGAGGGGAGAGUGGACAAGGCUUGUGUUUGACUGUCAAUGCAACGAAAUGUCUCUUUGCACUUGGGUUGGAGGAGGACUUCUUGGAUAGUGCGGAUGUUGGUCAAGACUUACAAAUUCGAGAUUUUCGAGAUGGGUCGUCGAUGCGAAGAGUGAAGACGUUGAAUGGUCAUUCUAUGGUACAUCGCAGCGACUUGUUACGAUUACUCGUCCGACACGCAACGAAAGCAGACGCCAAGAUCCAUAUCAACCAACGAUGUCUCGGAAUGAUCGAGCACGAAAGUGGCGUUGGCGUCAUGUUGCAAGAUGGCAGAGUCGUCCAAGCAGAUGUUGUCAUCGGUGCUGAUGGCAUCCACUCGGAGACACGAGGAUGUAUCGAAGGUGUCAAAAGCAUAGAGCCGGUGCUGACGGAACAUUGCACUUUUCUCGUUGAUGUCCCGAAGUCUGCUAUGGAGAAACACGAAGCUUCGAAGCAAUUGUACGAGAAUGGUCGAGAUCCAUUUCAGUUCUGGAUGGCCCCGGAGAGAAGUAUUGUGGCAUGGACUAUGACCCGGCACGAUCGAUACCAUAUGCAAAUGAAUGACCAUAAGUAUGGAAAUGGUGCAGCGUAUGGCGCAGAGCAAGGAAACAGCCAAAGUCUGAUUGCGGGAUUUGACAAUAUGGAAGCGUUCCGAAAACGAUGGAGCGAUUUCGAGCCAGCAGUGACUGAAUUGCUAAGAGAGACAACGAACCUGACCAGAUGGAGAAUCGCAGAAUUACCAGACCUCUCGACAUGGUCAAGCUCCGGCGGCCGUAUUAUUCUGCUAGGCGAUGCCGCGCAUGCUGUCCCACCCUAUGCUGGUCAAGGAGCCGCCAUGGCCAUUGAAGAUGCCUCAGUGCUCUCGGUCUUGCUGUCGAACUCAGGAGUCUUCUCGGACUUUAGUGAAGUGUCGAAGGCAUAUGAGAAACUGCGACGUCCCCGGAUCGAAGGUUUCAGACACAUCAUAAAUGACAAUAUGCGCCGAUGGAGCCGGACUGAUGUAGCAGCCCAACAGUCGAUUUUGAGAGAGUCCACAUCUGCUGGAGCCGAUGAUAUUACUGGAGCCUGGGCAACGGAGAAACGGUAUCAUUGGAUCGACGACUAUUAUGCCAGAGGAACCGCGUUGGAGCAUGUCGCUGAACUGCGGAAGUGA